CUCCGUCUGGGGAAACACAUGCCUUAAAACAACCCAAAUCCAAACCCGUCUCCUGGAAUCUUGAAGCUGAACCAAAAUAUCAAGGACAUUUAAGCUCAUAGCGCAUUCCCUAGCUUACCGGGCUGACGGUCCCAUUCUGUCAUCUGCCGCCCACUACUCUACUGCUGAACCAUACCCACCAAUGCCCCGCGCAUUGCGAUUUGCCCGAUGAAGAUACCUUCACCACUCGCUGUCACAUAACCUUAUAUCCCGAGCUAGAAUUCAGGAAUUGAGAAUUGCAGCUUACGGUGAUUGGUAUCAGAUCCCGUCCAAGGUCCCGAGUCAGCAGCUCUACAGUUCUUUACAGUGCCCCACCCUUAUCAUGCCGGUCGUCAGAGAGGGGGGCCUGCAGUAUGUACAACAUGGAGACGGAGACCGUGGAGAAAACUCUACUCCAGUCAAUGGAACUCCAGCGAAGAAGAAAUCGAGAAGCAGUAGGGAGGACGCAGCAAUAAAGAGACGCUGCGUGAGUACUGCCUGUAUUGCCUGCCGGAAACGAAAAUCGAAAUGUGAUGGGAAUACACCAAGUUGCGCUGCGUGUUCGAGCGUGUAUGGGACUGGUGAGUCCUCUUCAGAAAUAGUAUAGUGAAGUCUCCAAAGUAACUCCUUAAAACUGACGCCGGAUUACCCAGAAUGCGUCUACGACCCCAACAGCGACCAUCGGAGAAAAGGCGUAUACAAAGAGAAGAUAGGUAGUUUAAAGACGCGUAAUUCGACGCUGCAGACACUUAUCCAAGCUAUCUUGAAUGCGGCGGAAGAUGAUGUACCAGCUUUGAUACGACAGAUACGAACGUGUGAGAGUCUGGAUGAUGUGGCGGACAAUAUACUGCGACAAGAGCAAGGUUUGGAUGAGCAGGAUGAUGAGAUGGAUGACAAUGCCUUGGAUACAACUUCAAAACUCCCAACCUUCGAAACCGAGCUGUCGGGUAAAAUGGGUGAGUUGCGACUGGAAGGUGGUUCAGUACGAUUUCUUGGGGGCACGUCCAACUUGAUAUACCUCGACCCAACCGACGAUGACGAUUACGCGCCCGGUUCAGAAGCAUACACACAACAAGAGGACCCUUUGACGAGUUGGACUACUGUAACCACUGACACAGAGGUCAUUGUUCAUCUGAUAAAUAUGUAUUUCACGUGGCAUUACCCCUACUUUACCACCUUGUCAAAAUGUAGGUACAAUUCGUACCUUUUCCAACGUCAAACACGCUUAAGUCCCUUACUGACUUUGACAUCUUCAACAGCUCUUUUCUACAGAGAUUUUCUGUUGGGAAAGCCGGUGGGUAAUCCAAAGCGAACUAUCUAUUGUUCUAGCCUCUUAGUAAAUGCGAUGCUGGCACUUGGUUGCCAUUUCUCAAAUUCGCCUAAAGGAUGCGCGAUUCCAGUCGACCCUACUACAAAGGGCGAUGCAUUCUUUGCAGAAGCGAAGAGGCUCAUCGUGGAAAAUGAUGAAUAUGAGAAACCGAGGCUAACCACAGUUCAAGCUUUGUGUCUUAUGUCUGUUCGAGAAGCUGGGUGUGGGCGAGAGGCAAAGGGUUGGGUAUAUAGUGGAAUGGGGUUUAGAAUGGCACAAGACAUGGGCUUGAACUUAGAUUCCGGGGGUAUGACAAAUAACAAGGAAAGCAUGGAUGAACAAGAGAUUGAUGCUCGAAGAGUAACAUUUUGGGGGUGCUUCCUGUUUGACAAAUGUUGGUCAAACUACCUAGGAAGAUUACCUCAACUCCCUGCGGCCAAUAUCACUGUACCGAAGUAUGAUGUCUUUCCAGACGAGGACGCUGAUAUUUGGUCUCCUUAUACAGACAGUGGUGUCUCGCAAGCCAACAAACAGCCAGCGCGGACAAGGACAGUUGCUCUACAAAUCUCAAGUCUUUGUGAGAUCAGUAGUGACCUUUUAAUAUUCUUUUACCAUCCGCAACAGCUUGAAAAAUCAGUCGGAAGGUUUCAGGAGUUGAAAAAGUUAAGUGAGUUACAAACGCGUCUAGAAGCAUGGCGAAGGGAACUCCCUAAGGAGUUAGAGCCAAAGGAUGGGCAGUUACCAAAUGUUCUGCUCAUGCAGUGAGUAUUGUCUCCUUUCGUAGAUUACAACCACUAACUGAAGAAUAGCAUGUUCUUUCAUUUGUUAUACAUUCAUCUUUUCCGUCCUUUUCUCAAGUACAAUCCCAACACCUCACCUCUUCCCCCUCAUGUAUCUCCGCGAAAGCUAUGUACACAAGCUGCAGGAUCUGUCUCAAAGAUUAUGCGUCUAUACAAAAAGACGUAUGGAUUGCGACAGAUCUGUAACAUUGCCGUCUAUAUAGUGCAUUCGGCAUGUACUAUCCAUUUACUCAAUCUUCCCGAAAAGACUGCUAAGAGAGAUAUUGUCCACGGCGUUAAACAUCUCGAGGAGAUAGCAGAAGAUUGGUUAUGCUCUCGACGAACACUAAGCAUACUCAGCGUCCUUGCCAGAAAAUGGAAGAUUGAUCUGCCAGAAGAAGCUGCCGCGGUUCUCACUCGAACAGAUGCAAAAUACGGGUAUUUCAGUACAGCGGAUGUACCAUCUCCGAAACAGGAGAUUACAUCCUCUGCUCCUUCACCGCCAGUGUCUCAACCAAAACCGAUCCAGCAGCAAAACGCAAAUUCGGUGCGCUCUCAAAAUCAACUUAAACAGAGCAUGUACAGUUAUCUUCCAGAAUCUGGCGUGUCGAUCAUAAGUGGCAUGCAACCAAACCCAUUGAGUGUCCCAAGCACGAUGGUACAAACUCGUAUAUCUAAUAUGGAAGCCGUGGUAAACAACGUUGGAUCCGAGAAUACUCCCUUCGACACAACCUUCGACACAACCUUCGACACAACUAUGUCUUCCGUGCCAUAUCCUCCACGCUACAACGAUCACUCAACGUCCACUACACAUUCGGCACUGACUCCGGAUAGCAAUAUACCCCGCAGCAGUUCUGGAAUCACUACCUCCACCGAGUCAUCUCGCAUGCCUCGGCAAGUCAGUCCAAGUACGCUAUUCGGUGGUGUCGAAGCAUUGGUAGAAAGUCAGGAUUGGUGGCUUCGGGAUCAAGCCAGUCUGGUGCUUGGUUUUGAUAAUUGGAUGGGUGUUAAUCCGGAUGGCAUGAAUACGCCUUCGCCGGCGGCGGGAUCGGGAUUCUUUAUGGGUGGUGGUAAUAAUCAGGGAACUGAGGGAUUUGGGGAUAGCGAUUGGGACUACCCUUGAUUUUGCCUUUCCUUUGGGUAUCAUAUUUGCUGCAUGGAAAUGCGUUGGAUACGUUCUUUUUACUAUGCAGAUGUAGCGAUGGAGUUCUGG